UUUGCAUCCCCCUCUCUGGGUUGCUGUUGGCUGGAGCAGGCAGCUGUCUCAGUCCGAUUCUGGCUGGGAAAGUGGAGAUUCCUGUCCUGUCAUUUUACUGACAGACAAGCCACUACAGGCUCUUUCCCAGAAGUUGACCGAAGAAACUCAAGCACUGCUGUUUCUUCCCUCCCAAGUCCGGUGUGCCGCCUGGUAAUGGAUUGCUUUUCUCUGAGCUUCCACCCUGGAGAGACCCCCCAGGUCUAGUCUGUGAACCCAGCUAGGAAACGCCGCUAGUAAAAAUGACUGAAGAGCCCAUAAAGGAGAUCCUGGGAACCCCAAAGUCUUCCAAGCCAGUGACAAUGGAGAAGAGCCCCAACAGGGAAGUGGUGGUCACCACGGUCCCCUUGGUCAGUGAGAUUCAGUUGACGGCUGCUACAGGGGGUGCCGAGCUCUCCUGUUACCGCUGCAUCAUCCCGUUUGCCGUGGUGGUCCUCAUCGCUGGCAUAGUGGUCACGGCUGUGGCUUACAGCUUCAAUUCCCAUGGCUCCAUCAUCUCUAUCUUGGGUCUGGUCCUUCUGUCAUCUGGACUUUUUUUGUUAGCCUCCAGUGCCUUAUGCUGGAAGGUGAGGCAGAGGAGCAAGAAAGCCAAGAGACGGGAGAGUCAGACGGCUCUUGUGGCAAAUCAGAGAAGCUUAUUUGCUUAGGACCAAAUGGGACCAAAUGGGAUACAUGGCCUGAAAGCCUUCCUUUCACUGUGUCAUCCAAUUCACCCAGAACUAGUAUGGGAGAGAAUGAACAGAGCGUUGGAGCAGACCAGAGGAAUGGGGGUGAAUUGAGGCUGGGAGGGUAGAGGGGGUUCUGUUUUGUGAGGAACCUACUUGUGUUUUCAUUAAUGACAAACUUAACUCUAAGGGCUAUUUCUAAGACUGAAAACUCAGCUUUUUUCUCUACAUUAAACAUUUGAGGGUCAUGGGAGGUGCACGGCAUUAGACAACACUCAUUUCACCUUGGAAAGGAGCCAAGGAAAGAUGAGAAAAUAAUCAGACAGUUCUGGCACACCAGCGACCUGCCUCAAACACACACACACACACACACACACACACACACACACACACUUUUGAGGAGUUGUAUCAUAAAAAUGUACUGCCGAGAGUCUAAAUCCCCUCAGACUUUGCAUACUUCUAUGAAAUUCUGUGAUAAUUUUUUUAAAUAAGUUCUCUGGCAUCUAUUUUUUUGCUUUUAAUAACGCAUCACUGGUGGUACUUUUUCUUGAAGAAUAAACUAAUAUUUUUUAUGUUUUAACAUUGGACAGUUUUAGAUGAUUAAUGAUGUGUCAGAAAUUAAACAAAAAGGUAAAAGGCAUAGCUACUAGAUGACAUGGGGGGUUAAAUUAAUAUUAAAAUAAUCCAACCUAGCACUUUUGAUGAUUUUUAUAUAAAGUUUAAUGUACAUUUCAUUCAAAAUAAUAAAUACUUAUUGCUGCUGAAACUUCUUAAA